AUGUCAUCUACUAUUCGCACGCUUGAGGGGUCAAACGUUACUGUAACAUCUCGAAGAACAUCUAAAAUUCUGAAUUUAUCUCCUGACGGAACCUCAUCACGUGAUAGCGAAGAACGUGUCACUCUACAUUAUGCUGCCCAAACGGCUGAUGCUGAAAGAUUCAAACAUAUCUUGGAACUUGAUAAUUCUUUAAUUGAUUGUCAAGAUCGAAACGGUUAUAGCUAUACGCCACUUCUGAUAGCAACAAUGACUGGAAAUACAUCUGUCAUGAAGCAGCUGAUAGAAAAUGGUGCACAAAUUAACCAUCUGGAUAAAGAUAAGCAUUCUGCUGUGCAUUGGGCCGUUGUUUGUGGCCAGCUGGAGGCUUUAAUUAUGCUGUUAGAUAAUGGUGCCAAAGUUGAUUUUGCAGAUAAUCAGGGAGCACAAGCGAUACAUUACGUGACAGCUACAGAAGGUAUUUCAAGGGAACGUUCCGAAGCCAUCUUGCACGUUUUAUUAAAACACGAUGCAAAAGCUAAUGCACGUGAUGUAGAUGGUAGAUCGCCAAUACUUUGGGCUGCAAGUAAUGGCAACUUGGAAGCUAUAAUUAGCAUAGCACAAGCUGGAGGUGAUAUGUAUGUUGUAGACAGAGACCGAUUAAAUAUAAUACACUGUGCUGCAAGUCAUGGUCAUAUACAUAUUAUUGAAUAUGCUGUAAAUUGCUUAGAUUCAACCAUUCUAAAUUCUGUUGAUAGAAAUGGUGAUACUCCAUUAUUCUAUGCUGUAACAUUAGGACAUAAUGAUUGUGCUCGAUUACUUUUACUUAAUGGAGCUGAUGCAAAUCAUCAGGUUAGAGAACUAAUAAACUCGUAA